CGCCUGGGUGAGAGAGAGAGCCCUGCUCUGAGUGGCAUUUGACCAAUAUGAAACUGGCUGUUGUGAACCCACAUCCCCUGCCUGAGCUCACCGUUUGUUCAAAACCAACCGGAUAAGACAAGAGGACAUCAAUGUUGACUCUUUAAAUGGGCUUUUCUCUGCUUGAGCGAGAUUAAGGAGACUCAAGAGGAUGAGGUCGAUCCCAGCUGCUUGUGUUGUGUGCAUCCUCUUUGGCAUUGUGUGUGAUGUCAAGCAGGUGCACAUGCAAACCCAAAAGAUACAGAGGAAAACUUCUCAUGGGGCUACCAAGUUAGAAGAAGACAUCUGGAAAGUUAUUGAUCAGAUACAUGCUUUGUCCAAAGAAAAUAAAAAUGCAUAUCCAAAUUUAAAAAGUGGCAUCAACUCAAAAUCUGACCAUCCAAUGGAUUCCACUUCCUGGGCCAAUAUAUUUACCAAACUGGAGAAAAUAGAUUUGAAUGCGUAUUUUGGUGCGCUCAGUAGCUUAUAUGCAGUCCUAGAUCCAAUGCUGAAAGACAGAUUCAUAGAGAACCUUCCCAAAACAUUAGUUUGUAUUUUGUCUGGAAGACAAGACUGUGGACUGGAGGCAGAAUUAACAAAGACGGUGUCUUUGGGAUUGGGGAAACCAUUUCUGAUGUCUCUGUCAUCUCUGAGAUCUCAGACGUGCAGUCCACCAGAAACAGAAGGCAGAGAAGAAGAGCCCAGAAGCUUCCUGAGAUCUUACCUCAGGAUGGGGGACCUGACAACGGCAGAGCAAAAUGGUUUUGAGGAGAUGGUUUUGAGCAUGUUGUCACAUCUCCCUCUCUCUGGGAAUCUGAUAUCUGCUCUCAAUAACAUGGUGGAUACGGCUGUGACAUACCUCUCACAGAUCGUGGUGAAGGUAGUCCAAACACCCAUGGACUAUGUAAAAAUAGGGUUACAGUAUGGAAUUAGGAUUCCAUCCAUAGAUGAAAACGAGCAGUGCUACCAAGGGGAUCUCAAGCAGCUCAUUAUGUGGGGAAUGAUCCACAACGUGAGCUGGUCCUUUGGUAACUCGUUAGUCGACAUCUUCCUGGCACCGGAGCCGUCUCUGUGCAGCUACCCAGGGCCAGACUGCCAGAGCCCGCACAGUGUCUUCAGUCGCGGCUACGAAGGGGCGAACAAUGACAGCGAAGACAAUCACGACAUCCUGUUUAAGUGUGACCAGCACAAUCUGGCCAGGAUCAAUGACACGAUGUGUGCUGAUAUCCUAUCGGGCUCUCGAAGUGCAUCUUCCACAUCUGUGUUCACCCUCUGUCAGGCACUCAGCCCCUUAACCCCUGCCGAAAUAGAACAGGUGUGGAGCAACACCUGUUACGCUAUUCAAGCACUAGUGGCUCCACUCCUCAGCGGGCCAUCCAACUGCGAUCUUGGAGACACACAGCCGACCCUUGUUCAACCCUCUCCCUCAAAUACUAGUGCCGUCCCUCCUCCCCCUCCUCCUGCCCGGGUGGCCAGAGCAGCCCUCAGCCUCAACCUCCUCGUCUGUAACUACGCCAACUGGUCAGAAAACAGUGCAGUGGACGCGGGUGUGCUGACGCUGUGCAGUGACAAUGACCGUGAGGAGUUUGUGAGGCAGGUGUGUAACGAUGCUACACUGAUGAAGAAGCUGCUCUCGGACCGUAAGAACAGCUGGCUGUGGGGAUACUGCUCCAACUCCUCUGCAGACUUAGAGUACAUGGUGAGCCAGUUCUGCCGCUAUGAGAGCUGGAUGGCCCAGCCCACGGUGAUGGUCGAUGCCUCACUGUUGGCCUUCUGCUGGAGCCUGGACGGUGACAGGCUUAAGAUGCUUAUCUGUCAGGACGUGGGCUUCUUCAACAUGUUAUUUUCCAACCCUCAAAAUAUAUGGCUGAUUCCUAACUGCACAGAGAUACGACCCCCACCCGUGGAGAACAACAUGAAUAACCUCGUGGCUGACUCUUGUCGCUACUCCCAGUGGCAUGAUGUGACACUGAUUACUCUCGACGUCAUGUCGCUGUGCAUCCGUCUCGAUCCUCACGGUUUCAGCGCUGAGAUUUGCUCCAACCAAACCUUUCUAAGCGAGCUGCUGCGUAACGAUGCAAACGCCUGGCUUGAGCAGCACUGUGCCACCGCACUCAGUGCCCCGCCAACAGACCCACCCUCCGUCUUCAGCACCCCGGACUGGUGUGACUACCACACAUGGAUGGAACGGCAGGUGGACCCAACGGUGAUUGGUCUGUGUUGGCAGCAUGAUCAGCUUGCUUUCCAGAAGAAUGUCUGCUGCAACAUGCCUCUCUUUGAGAAGCUGACAAUGGAGCCCCAGAAUGAAUGGCUGAUGUCAUCCUGCUCAGACAAGGAGACGAUGGAGGUGCUGCCACAGGUAUGCAAGUACCCAGACUGGAGCCAUCCCAUCAUUGUGGACAUGACUGAGCUCGCUCUCUGUGCUGAGCUCGACCCACACAACUUCACCGCAGUGGUCUGCUCGAAUUCCACAAUUCUGGACAACCUACUGGCCAAUCUGGACAACACCUGGCUACUACAGCACUGCGCCAACGCUUCCAAUCCUGCUGUUGGUUCUGGCACAGGAGGAGAAGGAGGAGGCGGAGAAGGUGGAGACCUGAUGGGAUUCAGGCCUUCAGUGCAAUGCCAGUACUCCAGCUGGAGCACAGACCUUCCAGAUGCAACACUCCUGGCUCUCUGCUGGGAUUAUGACCAGGUCAAUUUUGCCUCUUCUGUCUGCCAUGAUGCUAUUCUUCUGUCUCUGCUGGCCCAAGAGCCCUACAGUGUGUGGGUGAGCACAUUGUGUGCCUCCUACAGCAUUGCCAACAGCACCACUUCAGAACCUGAGUCCUGUCUGGCCAGACAGCUGGUGAGGAAAUUCAACUGGACCUGCUCUGUGGACUUUACUUCAGUCUGCCGGCCAGGGGCCAGCCAGCGAGAGGCCCUGCGGGUCAUCCUGCGCUGCUGGGUUAAAACUCUUCGGCCCAGAGUGGAGGAGCUGCUGACUCAGCCUAUGGCUUUGGUGUUGGAUCAGGCAGUCAGCCUCACUGUGGUGAUCAUGGUGGCCUUGGAGGAGAGCCAGAUGACCUCACUCCGUGUCACUGAGAACAUCAGACUCAGUGUGUUAGAGGCUGUGGUCCUCUAUCUUGAGAGGGAGACUAACUUUGACAACAAGAGGGUGUUGCUGCAAUGCUUUGGGAAAGUGCUAACCAGCUUGAUGCAGACAGGAAGGGAUGUGACUAGUGAUGGAUUCUUCUUAAUCAAGGAGUAUUUCCGCCUCCUGCCGGACAGCGUGAGACCGGUGCUCAGUGCAGUUGACGUCACCACUGUCAGGCAGAUCCUUCAGUACUAUAGCAGAAACAAAGAUACUCUGCAGCUGACAAGUGAGUACUUGUCCACCAUGGUGUCGGUGAUGUUCCAGGUCCACCUGGUGAAGGAUUUCAGUCUUUUCCCUGAGCUCGCUCCCCUGCUAUGCAAGGCCAGCCCUGCUGACAUCCAGGCUUUGCCUCCACUACAGACCAGCACCAAUGUGAGGGAGACCAUCAACAACAACCUGCUGCUUAUGUCUAUGGCUCAGCGGCAGGCAUUUGGCCGGUGGUACAGUCAGGCUAUGGGUCCCCUCAACAUAACCAGCGGUGGUCUAUCGUUCAUCAGGGACACUGGUAACUUGAUCGUCUACCUGCCCUUCCACAACUUCCAACACCUCUCAGCUGCUCAGUUGUUGGAGGGGCUGGAGGUGUUGGAGAGCAACAUCCUGAGUCCUCUCCAGCAGGAAUUUGUCGCUCAGCGCCUCUUUGGCACCUACAGAAACCUGACAGCUGAUCACUUCACCAGGUUGGGUAAUCUGUCAUGUCUAGCAGACCCAGACGACCUCCUGGUGUACAGAGGCUCUGAGACCUUCUCAGUCAUCCAGGACACCAUCCUAACUUGUGCUCGUCAGGGCCACCGCCUGCCUAGCCACAUGAUCUCCAGUUUGUUUCUGAACAGCUCAGAGUUUGCGUCACCAGCCUCCAUCCAUCCCGACCGACUGGCAGAGCUGGCCCACUUCCUGCCCCUGCUGGGUGUUGAUUUCCUGCAGGAUCUCAGCCAAUCGCAGCUGCUGCCUGUUCUUCCUGCGCUUGCUUCUGUGUCUUUCACCACAACACAGGCUUCAAUAAUUGUAGGGAAGAUAUCUUCAAGUAAUACCCUGAGUGCUCCAGGUGGGCUGCAGGUGCUGGGCUCCCUCAUCAUUGGGGUGAAGGCAGAGACAUUGUGGACCCUCACUGCUGACACCCUACUGAUGUCCUUGCCUGCCAUGGCGCUACACACACCAGCCCUCAGCCCCCCACAAGCCAAUGUUAUUGCGACCAAACUAUGGAGCUCUCCAGCUGUCAUCGGCUGGCUGCAUAAGGUCGAGCCUCUUCUCGCCAGCACCCCGCUGCUCAGUGUGCUUCCCAGGACGAGACUGCUGGUGACCAACAGCACCUCUACAUUCAUACGACACUGGAACACACAGCAGGCUAAAGCUAUAUUCAACGAAGUGCUUGUUGUGAAACCAAAGCUCAAUCCAGAAGAGUUUCUGACUGUCGGGACAGUGGGUCAGGGUGUGGCCUGCAGGCGCUUAAAGAAAUUCUUCUACACCAAUCCCUCGACUUCAUCUUUGAGAAGAAUCUUGGCUUUUCUGAGAGAGCAGCCAGGUCCUCUCCACAUGUCACUGAAAAAGUGUGUGAUCGAGGAGCUGUAUCACUUUGAGGUCUUCUCUGACCUGCUUGGAGAUCUUGGAGCAGAGAUCGCCCUGACCCUGCCGGUGAGCAGCAUCAAGAAGUUCCCUGUGGCUUUGAUGGAUACUCUGAGGAGAAUGGUUAUCCAGGACCCGCAUCAUUUUCUCCAGCUCCCGAGAACCAAGCAGGAGCUCCUGGUGGACAAGAUGGUGCAGAGGCUGGGCAUGUACACAGGCGUGUUCACAGAGAGGGAGUUCCGCUCUCUGGGUGUCAUGGCGACGUUUGUGGUGGACGAGGUGUUUGUGCAGCUGGACAGAAGAUUUUUUGUCUACAACCUGGACUUCCUCCAGGGAUUCUGCUACACUGCCGCCAAGAGAGACCUGGUGGCGCACAUGUUAGAAGAACCUCAAGCCUUCGGCCCGGUCCAGCACUGGGACCAGGUAAUACUCAAUCAGGUGGACAGGUUUCUCUUCUUCUUACCCAGAGCCAAGCUGCAGGAAAUUUCCCCAGAUUUGAUGACUCUAGGGCGUAUCGAGAGGUUGUUCCUAAGCCAGAGGGAAUGGGAAAACGGGGAUGUGGGACUCCACUGUAUGAAGGGCAGAAACCAGAGCGAGAAGAGUAAAUUGUUUGAAAAGCAGCAGUUUGUCCUUCAGUUUUUCCUCGGCUUCCUCACAGGGGCCCCUGGUUUGAUUCCUAGCUGCGAGACGCUGCAUACAACAGCUCCUUCUCUCUGGCCCGCUCAAAGUCUGACAGACAUGUCUACAGCGGCCUUCUCCAACUGUUUGGAGCUGAUGGGCCAAGACCCGUUCAUCACAUCCUACCAGCACAGUGUGCUGCUCAAGAAAGCCAAAGAGGUGCACGGUCCCGUUGCCUCCUUCUCCCCGUCAGUGGUGGCUCAGCUGGGAGGACUAGCAGUCGGGCUGUCAACAGAGGAGCUGGGCACCCUCCAUUUGAGCGAGCUGAGCAGUAUUUACUCAUUGGGGUCAGUCACCACCUGGAGCAACAGACAGCUGGCUGUGCUGUUUCACACUGUGUUAAACUCAACCAAGAUGACUCCUAGCCAGCUAGACUCGAGCACACUGGUGGCAGUGGGACACAUAGUGUGUGGAGCUACAACUGCUGAGAUGCACAAGUUUAAUGCUGUGGAGUUCACUAAGGCAGUGCUGUGGCUGGGUCAGCUGAGGCUGCCCUGCUCAGAGGAGCAGCUGCUGGCUCUGGUUGGGCUUCUGACCCACAGCCUUGCAUUUGGACCCACAAGUUCAUGGGGGACUGAUGUCUUCAUUGAGAUUGGAGCUCUGGCAGCUGGCCUUCCAGAUAUGUCCAUGUCUGCUUUGGUGAAGGAGCAAAUUGAAGGAAUCACACCUCUGGCAAUCUCAAUGGUCCCUCCUGAAAAGUUUGCUGUGGUGUUUGACCAGAGCCACAUCAGCAUGUUUUCCUACGAGCAGGCUGUUGCAGUAACAGAAGACCAGCGCUCUGAGCUCUCACCUGUCCAGCAGACAGCUCUGGCCAUGGUCCUGACCCCCUGGGAGAACAGGCCUGUGGACUUCAGAGGGAGGUCAUUUGGGCUGGCACUGAGCCCCUGUCCUCUGUGUCUCCUGCUGGGAGUGCUGAUGCUGCUGAUCCUCGUGCCCUGCCCUGCCAUGCCCUGAUCUGUCCUGGCACACGACCUCGUUCACCCCUGCUGGACCAGGAGAGAGAUUUUCCACCACAAACACUAACAUGACCUGACCUAUUUGUGCAAUACCCUAUCUCUUUGAAAUGAGCAGCACUUCAGGAUUUCUAUUUGUUUACUGGUUUGUAAUUUAUUUUGUGUAUCAGCCCUCAAGUGAGUCGUAAUUUAUUUGUGUAGCUCUGCCUGUCCAAUGUCAGAUUUCAGCACCGCGUAAACCAAAGGAAUAUUGUAUAACUUCUAUGGAAUUUAUUAAAAAAAAAAAAAAAAAAAAAGUACACAUAAUCAGCCUGUCUAUUGACACAAUGAUUUCCAUCACACAUAUGCCUCGGUUUAUUUGUGGAAGCCAGAAUGAAAACCAGCUGCACACAUGUAGCAAUCUCAGGGAUGCGACACCAUACCCAGAACAGAAAAAAAAAAAAAAAAAAAAAAAAAAGAUUAAAAUAUUUA